AUGGGAAACUGCAUUGUGAUCCAUGAGAAGCCUGUCAGAGUGAUGAGAACAGAUGGAAAGAUCAUUGAAUACAAAGCCCCAAUUAGAGUCGAAGAAGUUCUAUCAGAGUAUUAUCACCAUGUAAUAUCGGAUGGCAUUCCGGUGCUGCAACACAUGCAUCCUCUUGCUGAAAUGCGUCGCGGCCAUCUCUACUAUCUUCUUCCUCUACCGGCAGCAAAGAAAACAAUAAAGAAGAAGAAGGCGGUUCGGUUCUCAGAUGAUGUUAUAGCGUUGGAAGAAGCCAAACAAACUGCUGGAGUAGUGAGAGUUAAAGUAGUGAUCAGCAAGCGGGAACUGUUGGAAAUGCUUGGAAAGGAGAGAGACUCAGCUGAGGAUACGGUUUCUCAGAUGCAGAAAGAAACAUCAUAA